AUGUGUAGUGGUAAUAGUAGUAAUAGUAGAUGGGAUGGAUGGACGGAUGGACGGAUGGAAUAUAGACAGAAAUUGAAUAUUAUAAAUAAUUAA